GUAUGAAAUUUCGAGCAAGAAACUGAACAUCAGAGUUGGUAUUUAUACCAGACAUCCAGAUAUACAACAACUUACCAAAUCUUUUCAAUAGUGGUCCGCGCACAGCUGUAAGCUCCCUCUUGGAAUUAAUGAAAACGGCUUGCGUCAAGGCCUUAAGCUACGAGGAGGUGCAGAGUCUCAGAGAAGAGAAGUUCGACUUAAUCCUCAUGCACGUUGCUGGCAACGACUGCUUUUUGUCGUUUGUCCAUGAACUAAAGGUUCCAUUCAUCUUUGUGAACCCGAACAAAGCUGCAGGAGUGUAUGCCCCUGCCUCAGGAUCUCCAGCUUUCCCUUCCUUAGCCACUAGUUUCUUCAUUGACCUGGAAUAUCCACUCACAUUCACUGGGCGGAUGAUUAGUACUCUCUACGACAUCGUUUUGAUAGCUUACUACGACUGGUACAUAAAUAUGAGUCAAGAAUUGGAGUGUCGUGCCCGUCAGCUGUUUCCUAAAGACAUGCCCAGCUUGCAGCAACUCAGACUUAACAGCAGCCUCUUCAUCACCAACAGCGUGAAGACAAUGGAGAACCCAAUAUUGCCCUACACGCCUACAGUGGUACACGCUGGAGGUAUACAUUGUCGGCCUGCCAAAUCUCUCCCUCAGGAUCUGCAGCAAUGGAUCGCCGGCGCUGGAGACUCUGGAUUUAUUUUCUUCAGUCUGGGAAGUCUCGUCAAACCGUCCACCAUGAAAGAACAGUACAAAAAAGUGUUAGUGGAAGUGUUCGGGUCCCUAAACCAGCGAGUUCUGUGGAAGUGGGACGAGGACACCAUAGAAGGCCUUCCACCCAACGUGCGACUGUCCAGGUGGCUCCCACAACAAGAUAUUCUCGGUCAUCCACAGCUUCGACUUUUCAUAACACACGGAGGUCUGUUUAGCCUCCAGGAAGCCACCUAUCAUGGUGUGCCAGUGCUAGGUAUGCCAGUCUCCAUGGAACAAAAUGAAAAUAUGCGAAUGGUGGAGAUGGAGGGAUGGGGGCGUGUCCUUUACUGGGAGGAUCUCACUAAAGAUAACCUCCAUAACCGCAUCCUUCAGAUCAUGGACGAUUCUAUCGUGCAGGAGAAAGUGGAACACCGAAGCAAAAUAAUGCAUGACCAGCCAAUGUCGCCAGGCGACUGGGCUUCCUAUUGGGUAGACUAUGUUCUUCGACACCAAGGAGCAGUCCAUCUUCGAUCCCCUGCCGCCCAGAUCCCGUGGUACCAGCUGUACAAUGUGGACGUAUGGGCAGUAGUGGUGACGAUGACUCUGCUGACUCUAGCCCUAAUUUCUUGGGUUUUCUGUAGAGUCUUUUUAGCACUGGCUCGUUGUUGUCUUGGCUCAAGGAAGACUAAGAAGGAAUAAGCAAAUCUUCAUAACGCCACCUUUCUUGCUACAUGCAUGAUAAGACUAGAGAGGAACUGUUGUAUUCGGAAAUGCAUUGCUUUACAUUAUUAUGAAUUUCAGGUAUGUCCAAAUCAUAUUUCGAAAAUCUAACAGAAACCAUGACUUUCGUUAUCUUUCAAGCACAUGUUCGAAAAUUCUUGUCUGAUGUAUUGGUGGAGUCUGAAAAAUAAAUUAACUUUUUUGGUGGUAGUGCCAUUUUCCAGGUUUCUGUUUUGUUAAAAACUGUAACCUGUCAGGUGAAAAUCUGGGUUACUCACCUGUAUGUUAUGAGUAUCUGUUAAAUCAAGGGGAAUCAGCUCCUCCGUUAUCACGCAAAUGCUUUCCAUCUCUCUUCGAAACCUAAUUUGCUGCUUUUAAAGCAUGAAAUUAUACCUAAGUUUCACGGUUAAUGCUAAUGUCAGUUUGGUAUGUUAAAAUAAUAAUGAUAAUAAUAAUAAUAAUAAUA